GCAACAACAAACCAUAUAGAAUAUAAGGAGAGAGUAAAAUUGAGUAUUUUUUAUAUUUAUUAUUAUUUUUGGUAUUUGUUGUGUCUCUGUCAAAUGGACUUUGAUCUGAAGCAAUGUAGAAAACAGAGGGAGUCAGAGUCUGAUGAGCAUCAAAAUUCUUCUAAAAUUUCUAAGUUUUUUCCUCAACAAAAUCCUUUAAAUCCUUCUUCUUCUUCUUCUUCUUCUUCUUCUCCUGUUCUUCCUUUGUUUGUACCUUCCAAAACUUCUAAUACCUUGUCAGCAUUUUCAGAUUCUUCAUCUACGUUACCCAGGAUGUUGGGUUAUUUCAGUGCAGCUCAAAGGCAAGAACUUGAACUUCAAGCUCUCAUUUUCCGGUAUAUGAUAGCCGGCGCCGCCGUCCCGCCGGAGCUUCUUCAUCUUAUUAAGAAAAGCCUUCUUUCUUCCACUACUGCUCCUUUAUUUCUUCAUCAUCCUCUUCAACAUUUCCCUCAUUAUCCCACUUCUUUGUUACAAGCAGGGUAUUGGGGCAAAGCCGCCAUGGAUCCGGAGCCUGGCCGGUGCCGUAGAACCGACGGCAAAAAAUGGCGUUGCUCUAGAGAUGUGGUCGCCGGCCAGAAAUAUUGUGAGCGCCACAUGCACCGUGGCCGUAACCGUUCAAGAAAGCCUGUGGAAACCGCCACAAAUAACGCUGCCACCACUGCAGGCGGCAGCGGCAGCGGCGGCGGUUGCUCUAUCAGUUCCAACUCCAACCGUGGCGGUGGUGGUGGUCGGCCUUUUUUGACUGUGGAAAGUGGAAAUUAUUUCUCCAUGUGUGAACAAACCCCAUCCGUUGAUCUUCUCCAUCUGAAUCAAGGCUCUUGCUCUAAUUCUUUAUCAGAGAACAAGAAUUUCUAUCAGUCCCACAAAGAGCCUUCCACCGGAGAUGUUAAACCCGACGGCCACAUUUUGAGGCAUUUUUUCGACGACUGGCCACGGUCAGAAAAUGAUGGAUGUGGGAACGACAAUACCAACAAUGUCAACCAACGAAUGAACUCCACAUCUGCUUCUGCAACAUCCCUUUCGAUUUCGAUGCCGUCCUUGACCUCUGACGUGUCAUUGAAAUUGUCGACAGGAGGAAGUUCUGAUCGAGGCAGUGAUCACCACAACCACCAAAAUGGCAACGUUGACCGAGAACAACACACGCACUUGAAUUGGGCUGCGGGAUGGGCUGCCACGCAGAUGGCGUCGAUGGGUGGACCGUUGGCAGAGGCGCUACGCUCAGCGAAUAACAGCUCGUUGCCAACGAGUGUGCUGCAUCAGUUACAAAGAACAACCAACUCGGAAGCUAGCUUUAUUAGCACAUGAAAGUUUGUUUCUAAUUCGGAUUUACAAUCAUGUUUAAUACUAUAGUAGUUUGUUUCAAUGCUUCUAAUUUAAUUUGGUAAUUGCUUGGAUAGUUAAAAAGUAUUUUACUAUCUGUAAAAAAGAUCAAAGAUGACCAAACUCUAAUGUUUCCUUCUCCACUUUCUACCUACUUGUUUGAAUGUGGUAGGUUGAAAUACGUUGUCAUUGGUUUUUCUUUCGUUGUUAUAUUAAUUGUUUUACCAAUUAUGUUUCUACUACAUUAACUCUAUUAAGAACAUGAUUUCAAAA